AUGAGUGAGACACCACAGGCUGUGGUCGUGAAGACUUUUGGAGGACUAGAUGAGAUCUCUGAGGAGAUGAGUGAAGCUGAGCGGCGCUGCAUCGAGGCUGAGUUUGAGCGGCUGCGCUGCUGCUGGCGGAGCGGGAGCGGGAGCGCCCCGAUGUUGGGAGGAUCCUACGCGGAUAGGGAGCGACUGGUUGCUUCACAUCCUUAUCGCUCCAGCUGUGGAGAGGUGCUUGGCUGCUACAUCCAUCACAUAACACCUGCUCCUCUAAUUUCUUUUCCCAGCUUGAGUGAAAUGAGGCUCCACCUCCCCUCGGGGCUCCCCAGGCAGCUGGAGAAGAGCCUGAGCUCCUGCUGCCACCAAAGCGAUGCUCUGUGGGAGGCCCUGGAGAAGUUCAGAGCCUCUGUUCUAGGUCAGCCUUCACAAGGCAUCAGUGGCUUCUGCCCCAGCCGGCAGCUGGCCAAUGUGGUGGCAGGCAUGCAGGAGCUGGCCCCGCUGCCGGCGCAGGAUCUGUGCCACAGGCACCUCACUGUCUUCUGUCACUGUGAUGGAGUCCUCGUCUGCACCGCCUGCAUGAGCAUCGUGCCCACCCCACUGUGCUGCUCGAGGAGGCUGCUCGCUGCUACAGGGAGUAUAAACCCCUUUUCCCUGCAGAAGCAGUUUGAAGCUUCCCAAAAAACCCUGCAAGAGGAGGACAAGUGACAUGCUGGGCUGACUGAGGCAGCAGAGGAGACAAGACAGGAGAUGCUGACUCGAGGCAGGGCUGACAAGCAGAAGCUGCAAGCCAUGCUGAAGGGGCUCUGCUGGGUGCUGAGUGACCAGGAAUCACAGUUUCUUUCCUGGUUCCAUUGCCUGUGCUGGAGGCUGGAGGAACAGCAACAUGGUGAAGCUGCCGAGAUGUCACGGAUCCAGCAAUGCCACGCAGAGCUCCAGGCCAAGUGCCAGCAACCAGAUGGUGA